GGUUGCCCCACUGUGGCGCCGUACAGAACUCCAACGCACCGAAGUCUGGAGACGUCAUCAGUCCGCGCCGCACAGGGGAAACGUGUGUAGGAGAGCGAUCUUUGGUAAAGGAGAGGAGAGAAAAGUCUUCUCGAAAAUCUGCGUGAACAUGGCAACGCUUCAAGAGCCAGAGGUCCAGCUCGCACAACGACUAGCCUCAAACGAGAAGCCUAUCCGGACCAAGGCUUUGAAGAAACUGAGGAAGUACAUCACUGUCCGCUCUCACAGCGACACAGGUGAAUUCUCAAGUGAUGAGCUGCUCAAACUGUGGAAAGGUCUGUUCUACUGUCUGUGGAUGCAGGACAAACCACUGCUGCAGGAGGAGCUGUCAACCCAGAUCUCCGCCCUGAUCCACAGCUUCCACCACAUCGAUGGACAGUUGUUGUACCUGGAGAGCUUCCUGCAGACGUUGAAGAGGGAGUGGACAGGAAUCGACCGGCUGCGAAUGGACAAGUUCUUCCAGCUGGUUCGCUUCAUGUUCAGACAAACCUUUCAGAUGCUGAAGAUGAAAAGCUGGGAGAGCAGUGCGGUCAGCAGGUUCCUGGAGCUGCUGACAGCACAGCUCCUGCAGAGCAGCAGCGGGGCCCCCAGCGGCCUGCAGUUCCACGUCCUGGACCUGUAUAUGAGCGAGCUGGCCACAGUGGGUGCAGCAGAGCUCACUGCUGAUCAGAACUUGAUUUUCAUCGAGCCAUUCUGCAAAACAGCAGCCAAAACCAAAGACCGGGCUCUGUUCGGUGCCAUCUGCAACAGCGUCCUCUGCACCAUCAUCGACCAGGCCCCGUUCGCUAUCGACGAUUUGAUGAAGGAGGUGAAGGCAGCAGAGGCCUCGGACUCAGACUCGGGGCAGGCUUCAGAAGAGGACGACGGUGACGAGCAGCCAAGGGAGAGGAAGAGCAAAGCUGUCUGUGACAUAGGAAGGAAGCAGACCAACGGCAAUAAAUCAAAUGAAGAUGAUGAUGAUGAUGAUGAUGAUGAGCUUCUUCACAUGGAGGAGGAUUCGGACACAGAGGAGCCAUGUGAUGAAGACGUCGGGCCGGUGCUACAGUUUGCCUAUGCGGCCCUGGCAGACAGGCUGUUUGGGUUGGCCAGCCGCAACAGCACUCCCAGCAAGAACAGACAGAGGUUGUACAAGAUCAUCAGAGUCCUGCGUGACCUGCAUGAAGGCAACUUCCCUCAGGAUGAGUAUCCAGAGGAGGUCUCCACAGAUGAGGAUGAUGACAUGUUUGGUACCAGGAAGAGAAUGAAGAGAGGGCGAAGCCGUGUGGAGGAUGACGAGGACGAGGAUGAGGGGGUGCCAGCAGCCAAGAAAACUAAAGGAAAGAAAAAAGCGGCUUCCAAACUCGACUCACAAAGUAAGGAGGAGUCAGGGAAAGAUGAAGAGGAGCCAGCUGACUUUAAUGCAAAUCAUGAAAACAAAAAGAAGAAGAAGAACAGGAGGAGGAAGAAGAAGACAAAUAAGGCGGGACCAGGAGGAGGUGGUGAAGGAGAUGCAGACAGGCCUGAACCAACAGUGGUACCAGGAGAGGUGGCACAGACGCAGUGCAGAGGCGCUGUAGCAGUGACCGAGGCAGAGACUGUGCUCCUCUCUGAAGAAGACAAACAGCUUACCGUCCUAGCAGAGGACAGCUCCGAAGAGCUUGCACAGAAGAAAGAGGCGGAGACUUCUGAUGUUAAAGCCGACGUGAUGGAGGCUGAGGAGCAGCAGACUCCUGUUGGAACAGAGAGUUCUCCCGAAGGCCCUGCGACAGUCUCUGGGAAGAGGAAGAAGAGGAAAAGUCUGAAAGCGAAGUUACCAACCAAUGAUAUCGCUGAUGAAUCCUGGGUCACCACAGAGGUCACACCAGUUGCUAGUGAGGAGUCUGCUGACACUGAGGGUAAUGCUGUGAGCACAGAAGCAGAUCUCCCCCAGGCUUCAGGGCAAGAGGGCCCGACCACUUCAGUCGAGAAGCCGACUGAUUCUACUACCCCGAUUAACAAGAAGAAGAGUAAGAAAAAUAACCGCAAGGCUGAUGAGGCGCCAGACGCUGAGACUCAGGCACAUUUGGAGGUAGAGGAAAAACCCGCUGUAGUUCCAUCAGUCUGUGAGGAAGCAUCACCACAUGCUGCCGUCCAGCCAAUUAAAAAAAAGAAAAAGGCCAAGCAAGCGCACCCAGCUGCUGCAGAUGAAAGCACUGUAAAACCACUGAAGAAGAAAAAGACUCAAAAGGAACCUCAGACUUCAGUGGAUAAGGAUGCAGCGGCUGGAACCCCUCAGGCUGAAGAUGCUGAGUUUAAGAUCACCAUGGCAACACCAGCAAAGAAGAAGAAAAAGAAGUUGGCAGCAGCCGAGAAGGAUGAUGAAACCCAUUUGCAGGUCGAUGAUGGUGUCAAUGAGCUCCCAGCGGAUGGAGCUGCAGCUGUCUCUUCCUCUGGGAAAGGAGUGAAGAAGAAGAGGAAGAUCCCUGUGACGUUUGAGUACGAGGCUGAUGAGCUGGAGGCUGCAUCCACCAAUGGCCUGGCAGAGGAACCAACUGUUGCCAAGAAGCCCAAAGCAGGCAGUGGUUUUACUAAGCCAUCUAUAGCAAAAAAGUCACAGAAGAAGGCGAAGACUUCCUCAGGCUCUGCGUCUGACCUAAUCACCUUCCAGAUGAAUGCUGCAGCCCCCCCGGCUCUGUUCUGCAGCAGGCCGCUGUCCGGCAAGAAGAAGAUCCAAACUCCCCCGUCAGAAUCAAAGAAGGUGACCUUCGGCCUCAAGAACAACAAGACAGCUGAGUUCAGGAAAACGGACCGCAGCCUGCUGCUGAGUCCAGAUGGGUCAUCACGAGUGCCCUUCGACCCAAAGCAGAAACCCAAGUUUGGGGUCCUAAAGUCUCCGCCCACACCACUCUCUGCCAGAAAGACCCCGAAGGCCAACAAGAAGAGCGGCCUCAAUACUCCAAAGGAGACUCCUAAACGCCGGCCCUCAGCAGCAGACUUCUUCUAACCCCCCCUCACUGACAGACUGUAGAUACAGACCCACUGUUCUCUGUGAACCCAACAGACUGACUUCCCUUUUGAUAUAUAUAUAUAUAUAUAUAUAUAUCUAUAUAGAAGUAUUUCUAUGUUUCGCUAUCAGUGUUGCUUUUGCCUCUUUAAGGGACUCAAAGUUUUAAUAAAUUUUCAAUUCAUGCCUUCA